AUGAGUAGCAGCGUAGAGGGCUCGGCGAACAAUGCACAACUGCAGGCCAUCAUCGGUCCGACCCUAGUCGGUGGUCUUUUGAGCGCUGCAUUAUUCGGUUGCCUUGCUUGUCAGUCCUACUUGUAUUUUGCAAGAUUCGCGAGUGAUGGCUUUGCCCUGAAAACAAUUGUAAGUCGUUUGAUGCAGUUAGGCCAAUUUGUAUGCAUCAUAUCAACCUUGUGGGCAAUGACUGUCAGCACCUAUGGGGACCCAUCUCAACUCGAUGUCUUUCCUCUACCAACAGACAUAGUCUUUAUGUUGAGCGGCUCUACGGUAUUCAUCGUACAUUCAUUUUACGCAUUUCGACUUUGGAAGUUGACUAGAAGCAUUCUUUUUCCUGUUUUUUGCGAAAUGCUCUCUAUGGUCGCACAAAUAUCCAUGUUCAUUCUCGCAGCAAAAUCGAUUUCUAUGAAGAACAUCACGACUUUUAUAGACAGCCACAUUGUGCUGAUUGCGAUUUCUUGGAUUUCACGCGCGUUCUGUGACAUCAUCACCACCGCCGGCAUCACCUUGGGUUUGAAAAAAGGACGAGCCUCUGAUUUUAGAGACACGGUGACGACGAUCGACCGGUUGAUUUAUUGGACACUUGGUAGGAUAGGAAGCGUUUUACUUGAGUGGAUGCCUUCUAAUGUUACUUCUAUGCAGAGACUGCUCUAG